AUGGACCGUGGCAGCACCGGUAGUUCAAAGAAAGUUGAGGGUCGCGACUGCCAUGACGCGCGGUGGAACAAUUCGCCGGGCUUGGCAGACGGAAGUGAAGGCUCCACCUCGACCUUCACAUCUACCUUGGCCAUAGAGCUCGACGCUGCUGCUCAAUCGACAUACUGCGACACCGGCAGUACAGCGCCUCGUGGGCUCCGCGUAACCCACCCGCUUGCUUAUUCGCGCACUCAUAGCAGGUAUACCCUCUUCUCGGUCCUGUCGCAGUCGUGCACUGCUGCCACAAACGUUGGCUUGAAGGAGGAAGGACACAGUGGAAGGAGUACAGUGGGGAGGAGAGCGACUUUUGUCACGGUUCUUGGCUGUACAGGCGCAGUCUUCGCUGCGUCACCUUGCGCGGUCAUAGCUAGUAGCAACACAAACACUGUCUUUACGUGUGUUCGAGAGCGAGGAAAACACAUCGUCUAUCUUGUUCAUCUGGCAUUCGAAGUCGGCCUCUCCGGAUUGCGACUCACCGACCGCAAAGCGAACAGCUCCCUCACACUGUUUACGCGCGAGCCUUUCCUCUAA